AACACACCUACGUACAAGAGCAGCAGCAGCAGCAUAGUUCAAUUUAAGAAGAUGGCAGAGCAUCGUGCUGCGGCCUACCUGGUUACCGUGGCGUUGGCCCUUGGUGUGCUGGCAAAUAUUCCUGCAGCGGUGCAGUCCAUCGGCGUGUGCUACGGCGUGAACGGCAACGGCCUGCCCUCGGCGAGCGAAGUCGUGCAGAUGUACCAGUCCAACGGCAUCACCGGCAUGCGCAUCUACUUCCCGGACGCCGACGCCCUCCAGGCCCUCAGCGGCACCAACAUCGAACUCAUCAUCGACGUGGCCAACGAGGACCUCGCCUCCCUCGCCUCCGACCGCUCCGCCGCCGUCGCCUGGGUCCAGACCAACGUGCAGGCCCACCAGGGCCUCAACAUCAAGUACAUCGCCGCCGGCAACGAGGUGGGCGACCAGGGCGGCGACACGGGGAACAUCCUCCCGGCCAUGCAGAACCUUGACGCCGCGCUCGCCGCCGCAGGGCUCGGCGGCAUCAAGGUGUCCACGUCGGUGUCACAGGGCGUCACCGCCGGGUACCCUCCCUCCCAAGGCACCUUCUCCGCCAGCUACAUGGGGCCGAUCGCGCAGUACCUGGCCAGCACCGGCGCGCCGCUGCUCGCCAAUGUGUACCCCUACUUCUCGUACGUGGGCAACCAGGCGCAGAUCGACAUCAGCUACGCGCUCUUCACGUCGCCGGGCACCGUGGUAACGGACGGCGAUAAGGAGUACCAGAACUUGUUCGACGCCCUCGUCGACACGUUCUACUCCGCGCUCGAGAACGCCGGGGCCGGAAGUGUCGGCGUGGUGGUGUCGGAGAGCGGGUGGCCGUCGGCCGGCGGCACGGCGGCGACCACGGACAACGCGCAGACGUACAACCAGAACCUGAUCAAACAUGUCGGGCAGGGGACGCCCAAGAGGUCCAGUGCCAUCGAGGCCUACGUGUUCGCCAUGUUCAACGAGGACAGGAAGGGCCCCGCUGACACGGAGAAGCACUUUGGGCUCUUCAACCCCGACAAAUCGCCGGCGUACCCCAUCAGUUUCUAGACCGGGCAUAUCGAUACGUUCAUACGUUACAUUUACAUAUAGCAAGAUAAUCAACAUUAGCUUGCUUAUUAUAGUUAAUGUCCUCAAUUGGGCUUGAAUAAGUUGUCUCUAUACUGUAGAAUGCGAACAUCAUGCUUUGCAUGGAUGGUGAAGAAGCUCAAACUAUUUAAUGGAGACAAAUUAUAUGAGGCA